AUGUCUUCCGUGAAGAAGAUUCCGUACGUUCGCCUCGGGAAAUCCGGCCUAAAGGUGUCCAAGAUCAUCCUGGGAUGCAUGUCAUACGGCAGCAAAGGCUGGAGCGAGUGGGUCAUCGACGACCAGGAGGAAGUCAACAAGCACAUCAAAUUUGCCUAUGACCACGGCAUUCAGACCUUUGACACGGCAAACGUGUACUCCAAUGGCCUCUCGGAGAUCAUGCUUGGGAAGGCCAUCAAGGAUCUGCAGCUUCCCCGCGAGGAGCUCGUCAUUCUCACCAAGCUCUUUUCCCCGGUUGCGCCCGACUACGACACGCAGCUUUGGGGCAGGGACCCACAAGAAGUUGGGAUCAUCAAUCAGCAAGGGCUGAGCCGCAAGCACAUCUUCGACUCAGUGAAGAAGAGUCUCGAACGCCUGCAGGUCGAAUACAUUGAUGUCUACCAGUGCCAUCGGUUCGAUUAUGACACACCGAUUGAGGAGACGAUGCAAGCCCUCCACGACGUCGUGCAAGCCGGAUACGUCCGGUACAUCGGCAUGAGCUCCUGCCAUGCCUAUCAGUUCCACGCCAUGCAAAACUACGCCAUCCAGAACAAGCUCACGCCGUUCAUCUCGAUGCAGAACCACCACAGCCUGAUCUAUCGCGAAGAGGAGCGCGAGAUGUUCCCCACGCUCAAGUUGUUCGGCGUCGGCGCGAUCCCCUGGUCGCCUCUUGGCCGCGGCAACCUUACUCGCCCGCUGUCGGCGCAGACGAAACGCUCGGAGACCGACGCCUGGGCAGGGCCGCUUAAGCAGUGGGCGGGCACGGCUGACAUCGUCAAUCGGGUCGAGGAGAUCUCGAAGAAGAAAGGAGUCAGUAUGGCUCAGGUCGCGAUCGCGUGGAGCUUGUCCAAGGACGGCGUCACUGCGCCGAUUGUUGGUACGACGAGCCUCAAGAAUCUCGAGGAUAUCAUUGGUGCCGUAAAUGUCGAGCUGACAGAAGACGAGAUCAAGUACCUCGAGGAGCCGUACAAGCCGCUCGAGGUGUUCGGACAUACUUGA